AUGGUCGUCAGAUAUUAUAUCUGCCUCAAGAAGAGGGAAGACGUCACGCUCGAAUAUUUCUAUCACUACUACGAGCAUGUCCACGGCAAGAUGUUUUUGGAGGAGGUGCCCGAGGCCAAGGAGAACCUCAUCAAAUACGAACAGCAUCACCUGAAAGAGUCCCGAAAAGCGCGCGAGAUGGCGGUCGCAGCCGGACGGAAAAUCACCUGCGACUACGACGCGAUGAGCGUCAUGACGGUCGCGACGAUGGACAAUUUAUUGAAGAUUAUGACCUCCAAGCCCAUGUUGGAGAAGGUGUUGCCGGACAACGACGUCUACGUGGGGAGCAUGGAGACGUUUAUCGUGGAUGAGUCGGAUCGAUUGUCUCUCGAGUCUCCACACCUCGACUACUGGCUACGUCCUCAUAUCUCCCGAGUCUUCCUUCACCAACCCACCUCAUCAUACCGUGUCCUCCUCUGGCAAGCGAUCAUGUCCAUCCUUCACGGCAGGACCGUGGCACUCUCACGAUCACUGCGACUGAAAGUGCUUACAACGCAGUCAAGCCACGCUUUUCGACAGCGACCGGCUCUCGCGAGGACCUACUUUUCCGUCCACCAUCCGGAUUCCCCGCCUUUCCCUGAAAUCCAAGAUCGAAUUCUUUCCGCCGCCGUUAUUCGAGUUCCUGAACACGGGUUCACAGAAAGAGCGCUGGCGUUAGGAGCUAAAGAUGCCGGGUACCUCGAUGUCACGGUCCAGCUCUUCCCUCGCGGUGUCUUUGAUCUCAUAAACUACCAUUUAGUCACACAAAGGCUUGCAUUGAAGAAUACCGUGCAGUUUCCCGAGGGAUCUACGCUAGGAUUGGGCCCAAAAGUCAGGACGCUGACCAUGGCACGGUUGAGAGCCAAUGCAGACAUCAUCCAUCAAUGGCAAGGGGCUCUUGGCUACAUGUCCCUCCUCGAGAAUAUUCCUGCCUCUAUGAAAGAACUUCAAGCUUUGUCGGAUGAGAUCUGGUAUCUCGCAGGAGACACCGCAGUUGACUUCUCCUGGUACACGAAACGAGCCUCCCUCGCAGCCGUCUACGCAAGUUCAGAACUGUUCAUGACCACGGAUACAUCAAGAGACUUUUCGGCAACGGAAGAAUUCCUCGACCGCAGGUUGGGAGAUGUUCGCCUCCUCGGGGGGACCGUGGGGGGAAUGUCCCAGUACCUUGGAUUCUGGGCGAGCAACAGCGUGAACUUGGCCAGGUCUUGGGGUAUGAGAGUGUGA